GAGGUGAUUGCGGUGGACUGGAAAGGUCUGAAGGAUGUGGACCAGAUCCCCAUGGACAGCACCAGCUCGCUGCAGGGGAGCAGCCUGCACAGACCGUCCACCGAGCAAACACGGACUGAGUUCUCCUGGGACGCCAUCAAUCUUUCUAUGGAAGACACCACGUCCAUCCUUCCGAAGCUCAAACGGAACUCAAAUGCGUAUGGCAUAGGGGCCCUGGCCAAGUCAUCCUUCUCAGGGAUCUCUCGAAGCAUGAAGGACCAUGUGACGAAGCCCACGGCCAUGGGCCAGGGCCGAGUGGCCCACAUGAUUGAGUGGCAGGGCUGGGGGAAGGCCCCGGCUAUCCAGCCCCAACACAGCCACGAGGCCGUGCGCCGGGAUACCGAUGCCUACUCCGACCUCAGUGACGGCGAGAAGGAGGCGAGAUUCCUGGCAGGGGUCAUGGAGCAGUUCGCCAUCUCUGAGGCCACCCUCAUGGCCUGGUCGUCCAUGGAUGGUGAGGAUAUGAGUGUCAACUCCACCCAGGAGCCGCUGGGCUGCAACUACAGUGACAACUACCACGAGCUGAUGGAGAGCCAGGAUGCUCUCACCCAGGCGCCCCUGGAUGGCUGGCCCCACUCCUAUGUGUCCCAGGGCAUGUACUGCCUGGGCUCCUCGGAUGCCUGGGAAGCCAGUGACCAGUCCCUCAUCGCCUCUCCGGCCACGGGCUCCUACCUCGGCCCUGCCUUCAAUGACUCACAGCCCAGCCUGCAUGAGAUGGGGCCCCCGCAGCCCACUUUGGGCUGCCCCGCCCAGGAGCCACCCCCGUUCCUGGGGGUGGACACAGACUGGGCUCCCGGAGGGGGGGUCGUGGAACUCGCCCGGGUCUCUGCUGAGGAAGAGGAGGAGGAGCCACAGGAGGAGGAGCAGGAGGAAGAAGGGGAGAAGAGGCUGUUGGCUCCAGAGGAAGAGGAGGAUGCGGGGUGCCGGGACCUGGAGUCGCUGUCCCCGAGGGAGGACCCUGAGGUCCCCACUGCCCUUAGCCGGAAGGUGUCGGACGUCACGUCCUCCGGAGUGCAGUCUUUCGAUGAGGAGGAGGGCGAGGCCAACAAUUAGCCCUCUGGGACCUGCUUCCCAGGCAUGACCCUCCACCGCCUCCCCUGCAAUGCGUGGUCCGCAGCGGGGUCCACCAGGUGCCGAGAGCCAGGCAUGAGUGGCCUCUGUUUGGCUGGGCCUGGGACCUCGGCCUGUGGGCUGAGGCCAUCAGUGGCUGCGUGGGCUUGGCCUGACCUCAGGCCCUUGAGUCUUCCAGGACUCCGCCCAGCUGCCAACACCUCUUCCGCCUGCUCUCGCUUAUUUCUGAUGGGGCCUUGUCUCUGGCUGGGGCUGGCUCAGCCGGCCUCUAGGGAAGACCGUGGGAGCCCGGGCUCGGCAGGAACAGGACAGCCAUGUGGGGUCCCGGCCAGAGUUGGAAAGCAACAGACUGCCUGCCCCUGCUCCCCACCUGCUCCCCUACCUGCUCUGGGAACCUAGCCUGGGUGAGGGACACCACUCACCUUGCCGAUGACAUGGAGAGACGUCUCCGGCCUGGGGAGCGUGAGGACGGUGUCCCCACCCCUGACUCUCUGGGGCUGUUUACACUUUUCUCUUGGCCUUUUCUACAUUUUUAUAACUUCCGGGGGACUCAGGGUUGAGGGGGUGGAGUGUGGACUCGGUGCUGCUGGUGGGGGUUCCCAGGAUCAGCAUGGCCCUCGGCUCCUCCUGCCUUCGCAGCCCCCCACCCCCCAGCCUCCCAGAACUCCAACACCCCAUCACUUCCACGCACACCUGUGCAGCAGGAGCCAGGCUCGGCAGCAAUGGACUCCAUCUUCCCUGCCCCAGCCAGGACUGUCCCUCAGCUGUGUCCCCUUUCCAAGGACCCACUGCUGUUUCUGGAGUGGGACGCUUCAGCUUCAGUGCUGUGUGACCUGCCCACCCCCUUACACACACACACACACACACACACACACACACACACACACACACGCUUCUGGGAUGCGGCUGGGGCAACGGGUGAGCGUGAGCUGAGAGGGUCUCCUGGCUCCUCUGCUACCUGCCUCCCUCACUGCCAGGGGGUCUGUGUCCAAUGGAGCUGGCCCCGCUGGGGGUGGGGGGCAUGAUGGAGGGUGCUCUGGGUGAUGGGGCAGAGUGCAUGGGGUUCGCUUCUACUUUGGGGCUGGGGCAUGUGCAGAACAGCUGUCGGGGUGGGGGGCUGCUUUCCUUCCAGGGGAGGCCAUGCGGCACGUGUCUGGUGGGCUGUUUGUAUAUUCUUGUGAAUGACACUGCUCUUGCUGAACCAUUUUCUUUGGGGGGAGGGUUGCACUUUUAAUCAAUUCACUUUAUUAAAAGAGAGUCCAAACCUUCCAUCCCCCAUCCCCGUGCUACGGGAAACCUUGGGGUGCAGCCCCCACCCCACCCUGCCUCUACCUCCCUCGUGCCGUCUUCCAGGUCUGGGACACCCCCUCUUCUAGCCUUUCUCCGCAUGUCUUCUUGCCUGACAUCCCCUUCCCUCCCCCCAGACCCGAGAGUGACUGGCCACGUAUCUCACAGAGAUAAUUCUGUACAAAUACAUACAAACACCCCGGGCCACGUGUCCUCGGCGGGGCCGCCCAGACAGCUUCACUGGCCUGGGCACUGUGAUGUUGGCUGUGUUUUUGGCACUAAACAAUGUGGUGGCA